AUGGCUGCAAAAUCUUCGAGUAAGAAGAAGAUGUCUGCUGCUGCUGCUGCGGAGAAUUUGGAGGUUAAUGAGAUUCUCAGUCACAAAUUGACCUGGAGUGGCAAACAAUUUUUCAAGGACUUAGGGAUUUUCUCGGCCGGAGAGUUAGACAUUUCUCCGGCGUGGCAAUUGAGAAGGGAACUCCAGAACACGGCCAUCGAUAACCCGAACCCUGAUCAGGAGACUACAACUCUGGGGAAAUCUUCAUAUACUAAUUCUCCGUGCAAUGAUCAUGAUGUUGAUGAGAUCUCAAGGAAGGUUGGAACAUUGGCUGAAUCUAUUUCUGUUUCUAAGAAAGGAGUUGAAGAAAUGCCUGUAGAGACAAGGAAAGUUAAUCGGACAUCGGGGAAAUUGGGUCCGAAGAAUAAGAAACAAGAAAAGAACAGACCGAGAAGAUUGAGAGUGUUGCGGAAGGAAUUUGUUAAAGAAAGAAAGUUUCUAUACAGCAAUAAUAAAGAGAAAGAAACAGAGGAUGAUGAUAUUAAGAACAUAUCUUCAAUUACGUCAAGUGGAAAGCGAAAAAUUUGCAGUAUUAUGACGAAUUCCCCUGUAGAUGAAGAUUUCAGGGCUUCAAAGAAGGCAAAUAUAGAUCCAUUAUGA